GGCUGCGGGGCCGGGAAGCCUCUCUCCGGUCUGGCCGGGUCCCGGGACCCGCCGCCCGCCGCGAUGCCGAGCCCCAGGAGAACCAUCGAGGGACGGCCACUGGGCUCCUCCGGCGGGAGCAGUGUCCCGGGCAGCCCGGCCCACGGAGCAGGCGGUGGCAGGCACCGGCGCGGCUCCUUCCCGCUGGCUUCCGCGGGCCCCGCACAAGCAGCCCCGGCCCUGCCGCCCGAGGAGGACCGCAUGAACUUGAACCCGUCCUUCCUGGGCAUCGCCCUGCGCUCUCUGCUGGCCAUCGACCUGUGGCUGUCCAAGAAGCUGGGAGUGUGUGCCGGGGAGAGCUCGGCCUGGGGCAGCGUGCGGCCCCUGAUGAAGCUGCUGGAGAUCUCGGGGCACGGCAUCCCCUGGCUGCUGGGCACCCUCUACUGCAUGCUUAGGAGCGACAGCUGGGCCGGGCGCGAAGUGCUGAUGAACCUGCUCUUCGCCCUGCUUUUGGACCUGCUAAUGGUGGCUGUGAUUAAAGGGCUGGUCCGCAGGCGCCGACCAGCGCACAAUCAGAUGGACAUGUUUUUCACCGUCUCGGUGGACAAGUACUCCUUUCCCUCGGGCCAUGCCACGAGGGCCGCCCUGGUGUCGCGAUUCAUCCUGAAGCACCUUGUACUGGCCAUUCCACUGCGGGUGCUGGUGGUACUCUGGGCCUUCGUCUUGGGGCUCUCCAGGGUCAUGCUUGGGCGGCACAACGUCACUGAUGUAGCUUUUGGCUUUUUUCUGGGCUACAUGCUGUACAGCAUUGUGGAUUAUUGCUGGCUGUCACCCCACAAUGUUCCUGUUCUCUUCGUACUAUGGAAUCAUCAGUGACACCAUCUCAUUAAUUGUUGGCACCAGGAGGUCCAAAGGUUUCCACCUUCGAAGACUCUGACCUAAACCAGAGCCAUCCAGUUGUCCCCCUCAGCCAUUUCAAACACCUUUGAGGAUUCUGGGAUCACACUGUCUUGACCUGUUCCUAGGCGGGAGCACAUGCUGGCUAUUACUGAACACAGGCAUACUAGAGAAAGAAAGUCUAUUGUGUAUGUAUUCAACAGCUGUUUAUCUCCAAGACAGAUGCAAAGAAAUCAAGCUGGCUGAUUAUACAAUUGUUAUUUAUUUAAAGAUGACAGAUUAGUAUUAAUUAGUAAUCCCAAGAAACAGUGUUACCACUUGUAAAUUGAAUAUUAAGAGACAUGAGCUUCCAGAUAAACCAUGUGCUUAUUCCCGUCCCUUUCCCUGUUGUAGGUUUUAAGCAGUAUUUUUUAAAUUUGAGGCAGAUUUUUUCCAGUUUAUUCUCUGAACAUCUGUUGCCAUAAUUGGAGCUUUUUCUGUAUCUUGAUUGCUUAACAAGGUCUCCUACCUUUGUGGAUUAGGUAAUAAGAGGUUACACACAGCACUUGCCUUUCUUCCUGUUGCUCUCAAAAGGUCUUUAGAUAUUUACUUUCCACUGCUCUCUAAUAGUGUCUUUUAGCAUUCGUACAACAAGCCAAGAUGUUAAAGAAGACAUACUGAAAAAGUGGGCUUGUCUAAGGGUCCCACAGAAAUGUAAGUAUGAGACUACUGUUCAUUUCUGAUGACAAUCAGUAGCCAUGAAUAGCAGGGGGCCAAGAAGCUGGGCUGCUGGGGAGACUGAGGAUCUGGAAACAGACAGACCCUCAAUGUCAAUGACCAGGGGCAGGAGAUGAAGCCCUGCUCCCCAUCAUCUCUACGGAAUAGAGCAUAGGGUCCUCUACUAAGGAAAAAAAAAUGGAAAAGAGGUGUGGUGUUCAGCAUGCUGCAUAGCGUCCUUGUGUAUGUCACAGGGAUGACUGUAUGCUACCCAUUUUCAUCAGUUCCACUUUGCUGUGUCCAGCACAUUUUUGAUCACAGUACUUAACUUGAAAUUCUUCGGGAGAGCCUGUUGCCCUACAUGAGCACCCGGGAUAACUCCUAAAUUUCUGUUUACAUGGAAAGGUGUUCGUCCACGCGCCUCCCCCAAUCAUUAGACCAAAGAUGACCAAAUAAUGUGGUAGGUUUCUGAUUCCUGUCUAACCUGGAAAGACCAAAAGGAGUAUGUGCUAUAUAAAUCUGUAAAUGCUGCUCUGACGGGAAAGGAAACCUUUAAAUCCCCAGUGGCAGUGGGGUCGUCAGAUAAUCUUAGUGACCAAUUGUUCUGGCAUUUAUAAAUAGAACGGAUUGUUGGAUGUGAUCUAACAUGCAAGGGUAUGGACCAGACUGUGCAGAAUGGCUGUGCUAAACGGUUCUCACUGGGAGGAGGCAGGACCAUAGAGAGUGGGGGCUAGGCACACCAACAGGAUCAGUUCUUUCUCUGAGUAAAACAGUCAUUGCAUUUCCACAACACCCUGAACACUAACUACCUCGUUGCUUACUGACUCUGCCAAGCUGUGAGGUUCUAAGUGGUCUGAGUGUGUGGUUUAAAUUUUCAGAUUUUGGUUUGGUUUAUUUUGGUUUGGUUUUCGGGACAGGGUUUAUUUGUGUAUCUCUGGUUGUCCUGAAACUCGCUCUAUAGACCAACCAGGCUGGCCUUGAAUCCACAGGGAUCUGCCUCUGCCUCCCGAGUGCUGCCAUUAAAAGCGUGCACCACCACCACCCACCUUCAGAGAUCAUUCUUAAUUGUAACAUUCAGGCCAGGCAUUUGAAGGAUGGUGUUUUCUCUUACUGUGUCCCCAGGUCUGAUUACUGAGGGCCUAUCUUCUGGUUUCUAGUUACACUUCUGGAAUUUCAUGUUUUGUUUGCUGGGGCCUGAAUUUGCCAGCUUUCUAAAGCACAGAACGGAUCAAGUUACCUGACUUCAUGGAUCAUUCUAAAUUCUCUCGAGUAAAAAACUGAUUUUUUUUUUGUUAAUUACUGCACACUGAAGGAUGCCUUUUUAAAAUCAAAAUAAAUUAACCAGUAAUGUUGAAUGACA